AUGGGCAUUGAUCUGUCGCAAGCUUUAGAUACCAUCAAGCGGAAACACAUCCUAGAUGUCCUACUACAAGCAGGCUGCAACGAAGAUGAACUAAGACUAGCAAGAUCACUGUUAGCAGGGACAAAGCUCAGGGUCUGUGUACAAAACAAGCUGUCAGACUCAUUUCAGACCUCAAUAGGAUCCCCCCAGGGUGAUAGCCUAUCACCAGUCCUUUUCACCUGCUACCUUGCUGCUGCACUUUCAUCCAUCCGAGAAAGCUCCAACAGGCCCAACCCACCGAUCUCCAGCCUAGGUCUGCCACUAGAAAUGGAGUACGCACACGAUGUUGACUCUCCGGAUGAAGAAAAGAAACCCCUGGACCAUCUCCAGCCAGUAGCAGCGGAGAAACUAAAAGUCGACAACUUGUUCAUGAACGAGACGAAGACAGAGUUUACUCACGUAUACCUUGCAGAAGCCACGGAGACGGACUCACAUGGCAAGGCUGUCCGCGGCAAUGAGAGUUGGCACAAGAACAAGACCCUAGGCUCCUUACUGUGCAGCACUUCAGACAUCACAGCUCGCUGCAUUCAAGGCAAUGUAACAUUCCACACGUUACAGAAACUCUGGAGCCAGCGAACCAAGAUCCCGCUGAAGACAAGACUCCGUCUUUACAACACAUACUGCGUAUCAAUCAUGCUCUACAAUUGCAACAGCUGGGCAGCACCCAAAGUCAUGCUUGACAAGCUGGAUGCGUGCCACCGCAGACACAGGUCACUGCUGGCCAAAGAGCCUUAUCAGCAACCAGGCACUAUGCGAACUGUGCAAUGA